AUGCGUAAUGCUCUUUCUCAGAAGUCACAAGUUUCCCUUGCAAAUUAUAAUUUCGUUUUUUAAGCGGAGAUAAGAAAAUGUCUAACAACAGUCAGAACCUGAGCUUCAACGCUGGCCAAGCUAAAGGCCAAACCCAGGAGAAGGCAAGCAACCUGAUGGACAAGGCCUCCAAUGCUGCCCAAUCCGCCAAGGAAUCUUUGUCAGAGGGUGGACAGCAGCUGAAGCAGAAAGCACAGGGUGCCACUGAGGCCAUUAAGGAAAAGACGGGAUUGAACAAAUGAGAAAGCACGUUCCUAAUAAUAAUUUAUUUAUUUUAUUCCUACCAUACUACUACUACUACUACUAAUAAUUAGAUAGGUUUAUCUAUCUAAAGCCUAAGGAUUUCAAACGAAGCCAUUUAGGCAAAAUCUUUUCUGGAUUUUCUAAGUAUAUACAAUAUCUAUCCAAGGGUUGUUGACUCUUAUCUUUUGAUUAAUAUGUAGCCUUGCAGUUAUUUGAUAUUUAUAUAUGUAAUAAAAAUAUGUGAUGAACGUAUAUUGAACA